AUGAAUUACAAUCAUCCCGCGGCCUUCGCUGGUCCUGGUGCUGGAUGGCAGCUUUGUGAUGCUCUUUGGUUGCGUACUUUCCAGAAAUUAGAAGACACGGUCCUGAGCCCAGAGGCCAAGAGCGAAGACAGAACCCUGACCAUCCAGGGUGAGGGGGGCCGGCCCGCGCCCACCCCCGUCCCUGCCCGGAUUCGGCAGAUUGUGGCUGGCAGCCUGGUGGAGGACCCCCUCCAAGGUCUCUGGGAAGCGCCUUCUAGAGUCAGCACGCAGGAGGAAAACCAGCUCUUGCAGGAUGAGCUCUCAAGGCUCGAGGACCUCUUGGCCCAGACCCGGGCGGAAAGGGAUGAAUUUGCCAGCAAACACCACGCAGUCAGUGAGAGGCUGGACCGGGCGCUGAGUGUGGAAGCUGGACAGAGGGAAGGAGAGAGCAGUCCCACCAUCUGGGAGAUGAAGCGGAAACUGGAGGGGGCCGAGAGGGCCAGCCAGCGGAGGCUCCAGGCCUACCAGGAGGGGCAGCAGCAACAGGCGCAGCUGGUCCAGAGGCUGCAGAGCAAGGUACUGCAGUACAAACAGAGAUGCGCGGAGCUGGAGCAGCGCCUGGUGGAGAGGACGUCUGAGUGGGAGCACCAGAAGGCGAUGAUGCAGACCAAGCUCCAGUCCGCUGAGCUGCGACUGCGCCAGUCAGAACACACGUUCAGCUCAGACUUGGAUGAAGCCCUCACGCGCCUGGAAGAAGAAGAACAGAGGAGUGCGAGCCUUUCCCAAGUGAAUGCUCUUCUCCGGGAACAGCUGGAACACAUGCAAACCUCCAAUAAGAGGCUGACUGAAGAGCAGGAGAAGUUGAGCAGCAGCAUGAACAGGCUGAGGGAUGAGCUGGAGCAGAAAGAACUCCGCUGGUGGAAGGAGAAAGAGAGCUCUGAGGCACUCUUGUGGAAAGAACCAAGAGGGAUCCUGAUUCUCUGGAGACAUGCUGUGGUCCUCCGGAGCAACUUUGCAGAACUCCAAGCAGCCACUGAGAGAGGUCUAACGGAUAUGAAGUCGGACCUGGCCAGGACCGCGCGCAGACUGCACACUGCAUGUCUCAAUCUCGACUCCAACCUGCGCCUGUCUGACAGCCAUGUGCUUUCCUCUGUGGAGAAACAGGCCCGCUACAGCGCCCGGUUGGAGCAGCAGCUCCGGGACAAGGUGCGAGAGAUGAUCCAGUUACAGAGCCGCUGGGAUGGCGAAAAAGUGGAGCUCAAUUCCAGGCUCACAGAGCUGACUCUGCUAAGAGAAAGGCUCCAAGAACAAAAUGCUAAGAAAGAGAAGACUAUCUCUGCCCUAAAACUGGACAUUCAGAAGCUGGAAUCCACCCAAACUGGAGAUCUUCUGGAGGCGGAAAACUGGAAGGAGGAAGUGGAAUCUUUACAGCGGGUUUUAAACCACAUCACAAAGUUAGUUCUCACCGACGCUGAGUUUGUAGAUCUUCCCUCAGCAGAGAACAGAAAGGGUGGAGGGCAAGAAGAUCCUGGAAGACAGCCAGCCCCUCUGAGCUCCAGUUCCCCUCCUCCACAGCAGGCAUCCGGGGCCCGGCCCUACUCCCCGCUACACCAGGAUGCAGCUCUGCAGGCUGUCCAGAGAGCUCUCCAAAAGAGGCGUCAACAGGAACAGGUUGGGAGGACAGCGAGCACACAGGGCUGCUUAUGUACAAAGAACAGGCCGAUCCCUGGAAGCCUGGGCUUCUCCCAAAGCAGAGACUGGUUUUUACUAGAAAGGAAAAGAAUAAAAAUCCCUUGUCUUAAUUUUGUUUCCUAA